GGAGAAACAGCUUCCUAAAAAGAGAGAAACUAUGAUCUGGAAGCCCAGAAAAGAAUGUUUGCUGGACAACAUUCCAAACGUUCCUGAUACCGAGCCUGAGGAAAGCGAAGCCUCUGAUACCUCUCCCAGUGAAGAUGAUGAGAGUGUCUCUCCUGCCGACUGGUACAGGGUGCACUCUUACCUGGAUGAGGAGGAUGAUGAAGUCUCCAGUUUACCUGACUCUGUGAAGCUGCAAAAUGCCGCUGAGCAUGAGGUGGAGGACUGGGACAAAGAAUUGGAGGAAUUUGCAUGCAGUCCUUAUGAUGCUGAUGAUCUGUCCUGGGGAAGCUUUCAGGAAAAUAAUGUUGUGGCCUCAUACGUGUGGAAGGAGGAUUGGUUUUACCAGCCAGGCUGUCACCACGCAGCCUGCUUUGUCUCUCCACCACGAGUCAGGGGCGAGGUUGAGAGUGGCCAGUUUGACGAUGCAGAUGAGUGAGGUUGACCCUGGGCAGAAGUAAGUUUGGUUUUUGAGUUUGGAUUGUGUUCUUCGCUGACUGAGCCAUGUCAAGUCCUUUAGUUUGCUGGCAGAGUUCUGCCCAGGGCCAGAAAUGUGACACCAUCUCCCUGAGCUGUUCAUGGACUGCCCACACUUGGCUCUGGAGAUGAGAGUGCAGGUGCUGGCUGUGACAGUCACUGCAUUUCUGCGGGUUUUGUUUGUGUUGUGUAGAUCUGUGUUGUUACUAAUUAAUUGCUUGAGAAGAAGUGUUCAAUUUCUAAACUUCAGAUUGUUUAUCUGCAGGGCUUUGUGAGUUUUGCCAUGCUGAUCCCUGUGUGUCUGUAAGUUUUAGUUUCCUCUCCUUUUCACCUGAUGAUGUCAGAUGGAUUUGAAGAGCUUCAAAAACUGUCCCUCCUUUGAGCUUCUGUUGUAUUUCCAUGCGGUUCUAA